AUUUAAUUCGCGUGUGCCCAAGACUGUUUAACAAAUUGGCUAAAAAGUUUUAAUUAUUGCCACGUACUUUCUAUUAAUUUAUUAAUAACAGAUUAGUAUUUUAAUUAGUACAAAAUGAAGAUUUAUGUUAACGAAGGUAACCCGUGGGGGUUGAAUCUAUUAAUGUUGGCUAAAUUCGCAAAACGUGAAGUAGUAGUGGAAAAAAUUAACCUAAAUGAUGCAGCAGCAAAGGAUUUCCUUACUUUACCAACUGUUGAAUUGGAAAAUGGCUUAAAAAUCUUCUCAACAGUGGCAAUUGCAAAAUAUUUAUUUCCCGACGAAGGUGUAACGAGGGAUGAGUGGUUGGAAUGGUCGAGUACAUUGUUAGCGCCAGCUCUAGCACAUCACAUGGCAGUAGGACACAAAGCUGAUCCAAAUGCACUUCCAGUACUUAAUGUAUUAGUACAAAGACUAGAAGAGCGACUUAAAAAUUCUGCUUAUUUAGCAGGAGACAAAAUUACCGCUGCAGAUAUUUCAGUAUGGUCCCUGUUGGCACCAGAUGGUACACUAAAGGGUGCACAAAAUAUUGAACGCUUACGAGAAUGGUAUCGUAAUUUUAAGACCUUACCUGAAGUUGAAAGUGUAUUAGCCGUUUUACCUCUGAAAGACUUAACAUUUACCGCAUUACAAAACUCGAAUCGUUAUGGUGGAUUGCAUCACAUACCACUCAAUGUACCAAUAACGGAUACUGCCAAAAUCUUAGCUGAAACUUCUACUAGUCUAGCAGAUACCAUAACUGAUGAUGAACUAAAUACUGCACGUGAAUCAUUUGUCAAAGUUGUGGUACCAGAACGUAAAGAACCACGUACUGUUCUACCGAAGGCUGGUGAACGCAAUGUGCUUAUUACUUCCGCUUUGCCAUAUGUGAAUAAUGUACCACAUUUGGGUAAUAUUAUUGGUUGUGUAUUAUCAGCAGAUAUAUACGCUAGAUAUGCACGCUCCGCUGGCUAUAACACAUUACUGAUAUGUGGCACGGAUGAGUAUGGCACUGCAACAGAAAACAAGGCUCUUGCCGAAAACUUAACGCCUAAAGAAAUCUGCGAUAAAUAUUUCGAAUUGCAUAACUCUAUUUAUCGUUGGUUCGGUAUUGGAUUUGAUUACUUCGGCAGAACAACGACACCGGAACAAACUGAAGUUGUACAAGAGGCGUUCAAGAACUGUUAUGAAGCAGGAUACAUACUGCAGGAAAGUGUGGAGCAGCUUCUUUGUCAAAAGUGUGAUCGAUUUCUGGCAGAUCGAUUUGUGGAAGGUACAUGUCCAUAUCCUGGCUGUGGUUAUGAAGAUGCACGAGGUGAUCAAUGUGAUAAAUGCGGCAAGUUAAUAAAUGCCACUGAAUUAAUACGGCCGCGUUGUAAAGUGUGUAACUCAGCACCUGUGGUUCGUUCCUCUGAUCAAUUAUUUAUUGAUCUUCCCAAAAUUGAACCACAAUUACGUGAAUGGGUAGACCGUACCGAAAAUGGUUGGACGCAUAAUGCUAGAGUCAUAACACGAGCAUGGUUCCGUGAUGGUUUAAAACCUCGUUGUAUUACCCGCGAUCUUAAAUGGGGUGUACCCGUUCCACAUGAAGGUUUCGAAAAUAAAGUAUUUUACGUGUGGUUCGAUGCGCCGUUUGGCUAUGUUUCAAUGACGAAACGUUACACAAAAGAAUAUCUGCAGUGGUGGCGACCGGCUGAGGGUAUAAAUGUGGAACUCUUCCAAUUUAUGGCCAAAGAUAAUGUGCCAUUCCAUUCUGUGGUUUGGCCCGGCAUAUUACUAAGUAUUAACAAAGGACAUACGCUUGUAUCGCAUUUAAUGGCGACUGAAUACUUAAAUUAUGAAGAUGGCAAAUUCAGUAAAAGUCGUGGAAUUGGAGUAUUUGGUAAUGAUGCACAAGACACUGGUAUACCAGCUGAUGUUUGGCGUUUCUAUUUGGCUUCUGCCCGCCCUGAAGGACAGGAUUCCAGUUUCAGUUGGAAUGAUUUAGCCGCAAGAAACAAUUCUGAAUUACUCAAUAAUCUUGGAAAUUUUGUAAACCGCGGUUUGGUCUUCUGUGAAAAGAAUUUCAAUAGCGUUGUGCCUGCUGUGAACUUAAAUAAUGAUGACUCAAUAUUGCUUGCCCUUAUUAAUCGCGAAUUACGUGGUUAUAUCAACUCAUUAGAAAAGGCUAGAUUACGUGAUGGCAUCCGACACUUGCUCUCUAUAUCGCGUCACGGUAAUGGAUACAUGCAAACACAACAGCCUUGGGUGUUGCUUAAAGGGGAUAACACUAAGAAAGAGCGUGCUGCAACUAUAAUUGCUAUCUGCUGUAAUAUUGCUUGUUUGUUAGCUAAUUUAAUCUUCCCUUAUAUGCCCGCGACUGCAAGAAUUAUGUUUGAUCAACUCAAUACAAAACAGACGCAAUUAAAUGCUGAAAAACCAGUGGCCACUUUACUGCUACCUGCAGGGCAUAAAAUUGGUAAACCCGCUCCACUGUUUGCUAAGCUAGAACAGACAUUUAUUGAUGAACUAAAAAAGAAAUAUUCUGGCCCACAAGUAGUUAAUGGCAGCACUGAAGCUGCACCAACAACGGUUGCGGAGCUAGAAAAAGCGAUACAGACACAAGGUGAAAAAGUACGUCAACUGAAAGCGACUAUUAAAGACAAAGCGGUUUGGCAGCCAGAAGUAAAUGUAUUGCUGGAUCUGAAGAAAAAGUUAACAGAGGCCCAAAAGCAUGCUGUGCCCAAUAAUGUGGGUACUACAAAUAAAGAAAAUGGUUCACUAACUGUGCCACAACUUGAGGAAGCUAUAAAGAAACAAGGUGAUAAGGUGCGCCAAUUAAAAGAGAGCACAAAAGAUAAAGCUGUUUGGCAACCGGAAGUGAAUAUAUUAUUGGAACUGAAGAAGCAAUUGACUACAGCACAGGAAGCUAAUACGAAGAAUAGAGGUACGGACAAAGUAAAGGAACUGGAAGAAAAGAUUGCUAAACAGGGUGAAAAAGUUCGUACCUUAAAGAGCACAGCGGAUGCUAACGUUUGGAAACCAGAAGUAAAUAUUUUACUUGCAUUGAAAAGUGAAUUGUCGGCACUUAUUGGUGCACCUGAACCUGCUGCGCAGGGUAAAAAUAAGAAGAAAAAAUAAAUUAAAAUAUAUAAAAAUUUUUCUACGAAAAUAAUUUGUAAUAUUUGUGCAUA